AUGAGUAUCGAAGCCGUAUCCCGGAGUGCGCUGCCACGUCUGGCCUGGACCGCAAGCUCCGUCCGUCCCACCGCAGCAAUCGUGCAGCAGGGCUCAUCCGCAUGGAACAAGCAGCCAACGCCGAGGAGGACAACGGCAACGACAGCAUUCGCAAGGAACACAUGGGCCGAGAGGAGAGCAACCCCCCAACCCUCCACCCCCAUCCACACAGCAUGCCAACGAGCCUUCUCCGCCACCCCCACCCGCGCCAAAGACCACCACUUCGACACGCUCAAAUUCGUCCAACGCCUCAAAGCGGAGGGCUUCACCGAAGAACAAGCCGUCGCCAUGAUGAAAGUCCUUGGCGACGUCAUCGAAGAAUCCAUCCAGAACCUCACCCGCACCAUGGUCCUGCGCGAAGACCAGGAGAAAGCCACCUACACGCAGAAAGUCGACUUCGCCAAACUCCGCUCCGAACUCCUCAGCGCCGACAGCACCGAGAGCAGCCUCACGCGGGCGUCGCACGAGCGGCUCACGAACGAUCUGGCCAAGCUGAAUAACCGGCUGAGGGAUGAAGUGCAGAGGACGCAGGCGAGCGUAAGGCUGGAUUUGAAUUUGGAGAAGGGAAGGAUACGCGAAGAGGCGAAUAGUCAGGAUUUGAAGAUUAAGGAGACGGAGACGAGGAUUGAGCAGGAGAGUGCCGCGUUGAGGGAGAGGUUGGAGGCGGUCAAGUUUAGCACUUUGCAGUGGUUGAUGGGCGUUUGCACGGGUACUGCGGCCAUUGUACUGGGUGUGUGGAGGUUGUUGAUGUGA